GAGUGGAGGAGCUGAAGCUGAGAGCGCGGCACCGCCUUCACCUCCCCGGGCUGGGUGGGGGCGUCAGGCCCAGCGAGGGCCGGGCUGCCUGAGUGGGGGCGGGGGACCGCGUCUGUGAGGAGCCCCGGAGCCGACGGCUGGCGGGGAGCCGGACGACGCGGCUGCUCCUCGAGAGCCGACCGGCGAGCUGGGAGACUGAGCCCCAGCUCUCGGGCCCCCGCCCCCUCGCGGUCUCCGCCUCCUUCCCUCACACACCCCCCAGGCCGCCAGAGCCCCAGGCUUUCCCGGCGCUCCUCCUCCUCCUCUUCACACUCGCCCUCCGACCCGGGUCCUCCUGCCGCCUGCCGGCCUUGUUCCCUCCCGGGCUAGUCCUCGUUCUCAGGCUCUCCUUUCACACACACACGCGCCGGCUGGGCCGUCCCCUCCCGUCGGCCCUCCUUCUCCUCGUCUUAGCUAACGCCGCCGUCGGUGGAGGAUUGAUGUCCCUUCAGCAUCAUGCAGCCGCCGCCGAGGAAGGUGAAAGUUACACAAGAACUGAAAAACAUUCAAGUUGAGCAGAUGACAAAACUUCAAGCCAAACAUCAAGCAGAAUGUGAUUUGCUUGAAGAUAUGAGGACAUUCAGUCAGAAGAAGGCUGCUAUUGAAAGAGAGUAUGCACAGGGUAUCCAGAAAUUGGCUAGUCAGUAUCUGAAGAGAGAUUGGCCUGGAGUAAAAGCUGAUGAUCGGAAUGAUUACAGGAGCAUGUAUCCUGUUUGGAAAUCUUUUCUCGAGGGAACAAUGCAGGUAGCCCAGUCUCGGAUCAAUAUAUGUGAAAACUAUAAGAACUUCAUUUCUGAGCCUGCAAGGACAGUGAGAAGCUUAAAAGAACAGCAACUAAAAAGGUGUGUGGACCAGUUGACAAAGAUCCAAACUGAAUUACAAGAGACAGUGAAAGAUUUAGCUAAAGGCAAAAAGAAGUACUUUGAGACUGAACAGAUGGCUCAUGCGGUACGAGAGAAAGCUGACAUCGAGGCAAAAUCUAAACUUAGUCUUUUUCAAUCAAGAAUCAGUUUGCAGAAGGCAAGUGUAAAGUUAAAAGCCCGGCGAUCUGAGUGUAACUCCAAAGCUACCCACGCAAGGAAUGAUUAUCUUCUUACAUUAGCAGCAGCAAACGCACACCAGGAUCGCUACUAUCAAACAGAUUUAGUUAACAUUAUGAAGGCUCUUGAUGGAAAUGUGUAUGAUCACCUGAAGGAUUAUUUAAUAGCCUUCAGCAGGACUGAGCUAGAAACAUGUCAGGCUGUGCAGAACACAUUCCAGUUUUUAUUAGAAACCUCCAGCAAGGUGGUACGGGACUAUAAUCUUCAGCUGUUUCUACAAGAGAAUGCAGUAUUUCACAAACCCCUGCCCUUCCAGUUCCAGCCUUGUGACAGUGAUACUAAUUUAAAAGCUGCCCAGCUGGUGGAUCUUGGGCUCUCCCCUGUCAGUGCUCUGAGAAUGACCAUAGCUGAGAGCCGACAAUUAGAAUCAGAAUCUGGGACCACAGAGGAGCACAGUCUAAACAAGGAGGCUCGGAAAUGGGCCACACGUGUGGCACGUGAGCACAAAAACAUUGUUCACCAACAACGAGUUCUAGAUGAUCUGGAAUGUCAUGGAGUUGCGGUAUCAGAACAAAGCCGUGCAGAGUUGGAACAGAAAAUAGAUGAAGCUAGAGAAAAUAUUCGUAAAGCAGAGAUAAUUAAGUUGAAAGCUGAAGCCCGGCUGGACCUGCUAAAGCAGAUCGGUGUUUCUGUGGACACAUGGCUGAAGAGUGCAAUGAACCAAGUAAUGGAGGAACUGGAAAAUGAGCGAUGGGCUCGGCUUCCUGCAGUGACCAAUAAUGGCACUUUACACUCGCUUAACGCAGAUACUGAAAGAGAAGAAGGAGAAGAGUUUGAAGACAACAUGGAUGUUUUUGAUGACAGCAGUUCCAGCCCUUCUGGCACCUUAAGAAAUUAUCCACUCACCUGCAAAGUUGUUUAUUCCUACAAGGCUUCUCAACCAGAUGAGUUGACCAUUGAGGAGCAUGAGGUGUUAGAAGUGAUUGAAGAUGGAGAUAUGGAAGACUGGGUAAAGGCUCGAAAUAAAGUUGGCCAAGUCGGUUAUGUGCCAGAAAAGUACCUACAGUUUCCCACCUCGAACAGUCUCCUGAGCAUGCUGCAGUCGUUGGCUGCUUUGGACAGUCGGUCACAUACAUCCAGCAAUUCCACGGAGGCCGAACUCGUUUCAGGCAGCCUCAACGGAGAUGCCAGUGUCUGUUUUGUGAAAGCACUUUAUGACUACGAGGGCCAGACAGAAGACGAAUUAUCUUUUCCUGAGGGAGCAAUCAUCCGAAUCUUGAACAAAGAAAACCAGGAUGAUGAUGGCUUCUGGGAAGGGGAAUUCAACGGGCGGAUUGGAGUUUUCCCAUCGGUGCUAGUAGAAGAACUUUCAGCCUCAGAAAAUGGUGACACUCCAUGGAUGAGAGAGAUUCAGCAGAUCUCUCCUUCCCCCAAGCCACCUGGCUCCCUGCCUCCACUGCCGCUGUACGACCAGCCUCCUAACAGCCCGUACCCCAGUCCAGAUAAGAGGAGCUCCCAGUACUUCCCCCGCUCUCCUUCAGCAAAUGAAAAUAACCUCCAUGCUGAGUCGCCAGGAUUCUCACAGGCACCAAGGCAUACUCCUGAGACCACCUCCUAUGGCAAACUGCGACCUGUCCGGGCAGCUCCCCCUCCACCUACACAGAACCACCGAAGGCCAGCAGAGAAGAUUGAGGAUGUGGAAAUCACACUGGUGUGAUGAUGGGUUUGCCCGUCUGCUGUUACUGCUACAAUCAAGGCCAGGCUUGGAGUUUGGCCAGUCUUGUUUUUUAGGCACCUUUGCAUGAUGAUGACUCUUCAACAGAGCAAAAACCAGGAAGAUUAUAUGUGACUGAGUGGCCUGGUGGACUCCUCCAUGUUUUGAAUAUUUUGUGCCUUUUUUUGUUGUAAUUUUCUAUGUCAUCUCUCCUACCAUAGCACAAAUCGUCGUGGGCCCUCAAAGCAGAGAGGGGGACAGCCCUCAUGCCCACCAGUGGUCCAUUUUUAUAUGAGACUCAAGACCAGGCCUUGUUCAGGGCACAGUCACAGAGAUACUGACCAUGUGCGCCCGUACAGUAUAUUACUGUGGCCACAGGAUGUGGCAGAGAUGCUCAUCUUUCUUCAAGUGGCUUUUGCUCGUCUGAUUGAGUUUAAUCAAAUCAUGUUGGCUCCAUAAGGAAGCAGAAGGAGGGAUUUCAGGAGAGGCUGGCUCCUCCCUACAGUUAGUCCCCGGACUGAGAAAGUGGAACCUUAUUGGAAACAUGUGGACUGCCCAGAGUUUAGCGCCAAUUGCAUUAAUGCACAUCUCUUCCACAACUAACAGAUUUAAAACAAUAACAGUGUCCUUUGUAUUAAUAUUUAUGCCAUUCAUUUAGUAUUAGUGGAGCUAAUAUGGAGGGGCUGAACUAGUAGCCAAAUCUUGUCCAUCACAUAGACUAAUAGAAAGGAGGCUGUGGCUAAAGCAGAAAUGUAGCUUCCAGAUCUGAAAUGAGCUGAUUUAAUGUUCUUUUUAUACUUGGGUAUUUUUCAUCUUGAUUUUUGCAGCAUAUACUCUUCUGACCAGUAUCCUUAGACUCUGAAUGUCUAGAUAAAUUGGGGGACACAUACUUGCCUUGUUAAGCUUCUCUACUGGGAGCCCCUAGUAUUUUUUUACUCCCAAGUCGGUGCACUGGCCCAGACAACCAUUGUGUCUGGUCCAGAUCAGUGGCCACUCCUGGUGGAAAAUGCAGCUUCCCAGGUCCCACUGACAUGACAUUUCCUAGGGAGGAAGAACCUGUGGCUCAUGGAGGAAACCAGCUUCCUGUGAAAAAGGUCUAAAGGAUUGCGCACUCUGCACAAGUGCAAAUUGAUGAGGAAAAGACAAAUUCUCCGCGUCACAGGGAGAGCCAGGGGUAGCUUUGUCCACGGGCGAGCAAGCCCACAGCAGCAGGUGUCCCAGGGUAGGCCUCGGUCAGCUCUCCACCUCCUGUGCAAGACAGGAGUGUGUUACCUGGGGACUGAGGUAUAUUGGCCAGUUGCUUACUUUUUUAAGAAAUCAAAUUUGCAGAAUUUAAUCUAACAGUUGUAGUAUGCUUUGAAAAUUCCAUCCCUCCUAAGACUCUAAAAACUUGAAAUACUCGCCAAAUGUCCCCAUCAGAUUUUUGACCAAAAGUAAAGUCAUAGCUGAAGAAAUUUUCAGUUAGUCAUUUGAUCACUUCAGUGAUAAUACCCAUUGAUGAAUCUUCUCUGUGAUUUGGGGGUUUUGGGUUUUGGGGGGUUUUUUUGCUUUUGUCUUUUUUUGGCAUUUCUUAGCCUGUUGAUCUAUUUGAGGUCUUUUUGUGUUAGCAAACUUAUUCUUAAGUUUAAAAAAAAAAGUUGAAAGGGUGGGUUUUUUAAAGAUUUUAAAGUUUGCCGCCAUGCUAAACAUCUUCAAAGCACUUUAAAAAUGUUCAAAGUGCAUAAAAUCAGGCAGUUCUUGCCACCCAGUCUUGUAUUCUCUUUAGCUAGCCAAAUUGUCCUCGAAUCUCGGUUUUCCACAUUCUCAGAGGGUUAUUUGAAAUUUUUUGUUAUAUUUUAAAAUAUUUUUUGGAAGAGCUGCUAAUUUUAUUUUAAAAAACAAAGUUGUAAAAUAUGCCUCCUUUUUAAAAAGAACCCCUCCCUCCAGGACAUGUAAUCCAGCAUCACAGUGCACAGGGUCGGCUCGGAGGGAGCCUCUGUGCAGACAUGCUUUCUUUACAGUGGCUGUAAAAAGUUUGUAUUUAUUAUGUAUAAAAUGUUGAAUAAUAAAAAAACGGAAUUAAGUUUUCUAAGUUUACUUAUAAAAAGAUGUGGGUAAAUAGGCUUUUCCAAAUCGACAGUGCUUCCUAUAAAGGCCCUCCUGGGCCCUCCUGUAAACCAUACAACAGAUACAGAGAGAGGGAAGUGAAUUCAUCCAUCCAUGGGACAAACAGUCCCUGAUGCCACCCACCUACCAGGUAUAAUAACAUCCUGACUACUAGAGAGAGAGUAGUAAGUUGUGGCUUUGCUUUCAGGGUUCUUUCUGGGUGCAGAGGGGACAGGUACACACAAGGACAGUACUGUGUCACAUGUGCUGGAAGGGAGGAGAGGACAGCAUACUGAGGGAGUUGAGCAGGGAAUUCUGGUUCUGCAGCUGGAGAGGUGAGAGGAAGGUCACAAAGUCCCUUUAGAGGAUAUAACCGCUGGCUUCUAAGAAGUGGGCAUUCUGGACGACGGCCUUUUCCUAAGCCUCCACCCUGAGGAGUAAUGAAUCAAGCAAAGAUUUUACUGAUCCCAGGAGUGAAUAGAGAAUCCUGGUGAAAGGCUGAGUCCCUCUGGCCGCCAGCCGGCCACACCGAGGACCCAGAGUUCAGCAUGUUUGAGGAGGCCCCACAGCUCUCCUCUUCCAGUGCUGCACAUGUGCGAUAUGUAUUCUUGCAGACGUUUUCAGGGUGUAAAACUCGUAUGUUUAUACAUUGCCCUUUUAAACAUUCCUGUGGUGAUGAAUGUUUAGGUUGUAUCCCCCCAUUUGCUAUUAGAAAGUUGAAAUUAACGUCUUUGUACAUAAUUCUUCAUAAAUUUGUUCCAGUACAAAUAUUGGGUAAACUUCUAAAUAUGUAAUUUGAGAGUCACAAAGCUAUGUGUGUACUGUUUUAGAUUUUGCCAAAUUGGCCUUCAAAAUGAUUGUAUCCAUUGAUACUUCCAUCAGCAGCAUAGGAGACAACACGGACUCUAGAGUCUGAAGGUCUGAGUGACAUCCUGGCUCCCACCUGACAGCUGCGGGAACUGGCCUCAGCAUCCUCAGUGGACACCUGAAAGUAAUGCAGCAGAGAAGGAUGCAAAAAGCAAGCAGCACAGCGUGAUAUCACCAGUGUUCCUCACCAUCAGCUUCCACCUUCAGCAUCCUUCUUCAGAACUGGGAUCCUUCCAGCCUCACAGUAACAAAGGGUUGUCAUAGGGCCCAAGAGAAAGAGUGUGUGUGAAUGUGCUUUAGCGUAAAUAGGGGAAGUGCUGUCAGUGCACAUUAAGUACUUCCAUCUUCUGCCUUACUCUGCUAAUGAAAGCUGCUCACAUUUGAGACUGCUGUUGGCAUCAGAGGCCUAGUCUGUGACCAGGGGACAGAGGUAAGCUAAUUGCCCCACCCUAAUGUCAUAGCUACAUCUUGGCUUCCUUCAUCACAGGAACUAGUAGCUGUCAAGUAACCCAGUCAGAUUCACGGCACAUACCUGGAUCCCCUUCCUGACCCUCCGUCCCAGCCCACGUCUGAAACAAGUGAGAAGAUGUCAUCUGGUCUUAGCCCUGCCACCGCUCAAUGGACAACCUUCCCCUCCAAACUGCCACAUCCCCAGCUUUAAAAGAAGUAGAAAAAGAUCAUUUCCAGGGGUUAUCCAACUCUUGUUCUAGAUAAGUUCACUUUCUAGAUGCAGAGUGAGGACAUCACACAAAAAGGUUGCAAUACUUGAGAACAGACUUACUAACACACAGACUUCUCAUGAUGCCCAGAAAUUGGCAACAAAAUCCAAGCCACUGGACUGUCCCUGGGACAAAGCAAACCUCGUCCUCCAGGUUGUGACCACAUUCCAGGCUGCACUGUUCACUCGCUGCCCACGGAACUCGGCCGCAGCUUUUGGUUGUGGGGCCAAUUUACUGUCAAACCCUCUCUGAAUGGCCUUAGGAAAAAUCUGACUGCUCUGAAUCUUUGCAUUUAUUUUGCUCAUUAUGAAGUUGUUUUUUAUGACAAAAAUACAACCAAAUAACAAAUUUUAGUUGAGAAGGGGGAGAAUUGUCAUUUGUCCCAAAAUCCUACAAUUGACACAACCAGUGUAUUUCCUCCUAGACCCUGUGUUUGCCGUUACUGCUUGAUCUGCCAUGAAUCUGUGAAUACCAAAGAACAUCCUGUUCCUGAACCAUUUUCGUGGUCCCACUGGCCAAAAAGCAAAUGUACUUCUGCCGUGUUUGUUUCAGAGAGCUCUACUCUGGGAAUAUUUUACUGGAGUAUUAUCCUGAAACAACAGAAAUGAACCCACAUCCCUUCUACACUGUGUGCUAACCACCUAAGCAUCCUUUUUUUUUUUUGUUUUAAU